AAUUUGAAGUUUGAACAGCUGUGCAGGCUGUGCUUUAGCUUCUGUUUUUUUUUGAGUUUCAAGUUUCAAUUUUGUCUGGAACAAGUCAGUGAAGUCCUGAAAUGAAUUUUGAUAAUAAUAAUUGAUAUAUAUUUAUUCCCAAAGCUCAUUUUUCGAGAGUGAUAUAAGUGAAACAAAGAUAUCAGAAUGAAGUAUUACAUUUGCUUCCUAGUUUUGCUAUGGACAGUCACUAUUUCCAAUUCCCAAUCUUACGAGGACAAAAGAUGCAAAUGUAUCUGUCCAAGCAUAGCAUCAGUAACCAACAAAACGGACACAAUGAACCAAACCUCUAGGAUUCUAUAUAUCACUAAUGUACCUCCAAAUAAAUGCAAUUGUGAUGGUGUGAUUCUACCAAGGAUAGGCCAGUACAUUAUAGGAAAAGAGCAAGAAUUCUGUCCUAGAUGUGAAUGCAAGUAUGAAAACAGAAACACAACCAUCAUCAAAGUUGUAGUUAUAAUUGUCAUCUGGGUCAUAUCCAUUCUGGUAAUUUACAUGGCUUUUUUGAUCAUCCUGGAUCCUCUGUUGAACAAGAGGAUUAAAGGGAACUACCAGGAGCACACAAAUGAAGAGGAUGAGAUGUCUCCUGGUCCAAUGUCUCAUAAUAUGAGUGUGAGAGGCAAUGUCCUCAAUAGGGUGGGACAUCAGCAAGAUAAGUGGAAGAGACAAGUCAAAGAGCAACGUAGAAAUAUCUAUGAUCGGCAUACUAUGUUAAAUUAGGGGGGUGGAAAAAUGGGAUUGUUUUAGAGUAGCUAUUUUCUUGAAUGUUUGAGUGAUUUGGCAAAAAGGGGGGAUAGUCUUGAAUUGUUUUGGAUCUAUUUUAUUCUCAAUGAUCAUGCUUGUAUUUAUUUCUAGUGUAUAAUUUUGUAAAUAGAUAUUUAGUUAGUUCUAAGAGUUCAUAUAGGUUGCAUUGCUUUGGUAUCCACUACUGCAUAAGCUUUGAUUAUAAUUAUUAUAGUGUAUUCCAGGUAACAAUAUGAAUUCA